CAACACAUGGGUUGCUGAAGAUCAUAUUGAAAAAUGAGUGGGCAAGAUUCUAGGUGUUCAACCAUUGACUCAAUCAAACCAACUACUUUGAUGUAUUCUAUAUAUACAUUUAAAUGUUGGAAAAUUACCAGCUCAGGUUAAAUUGUUAAAGGGACAUUGCUAUGUUGGAGGGCACAAGAAUGUUAAAGGCUUUGAUAAAGUUUGAAAAUUAAUAUUAUGCCAAAUACACUUUCCAGUACAGUAUAUAAAAGACCCACUUAUCCUCCUAAAACUGGAUUUUAUCCAAAAGUGUAACUGCUUUCUGUUUAUGUGGUUUCAGAUCUGGGUAAAGGGCUCAUGUUUCUCCUCUGGGUAAAGAGCUCAUGUUCCUACUCACUAUGACUGUUCUCAAUAAUUCCGAGGUCCAGCUUUUUCUUCUGAUUGGAAUCCCAGAGCUGGAAUACACCCACAUCUGGAUCUCCACCCCAAUCUGCCUCAUGUUCUUGGUUGCCAUCAUAGGCAACUGCACAAUUCUUGUUAUCAUAAAGGCAGAGCCCUCACUCCAUGAGCCUAUGUAUUAUUUCCUUGCCAUGUUGGCUGUCUCUGACCUGGGCCUGUCCCUCUCCUCCUUUCCUACCAUGCUGAGGGUUUUCUUGUUCAAUGCCAUGAGAAUUUCACCCAGUGCUUGCUUUGCUCAAGAGUUCUUCAUUCAUGGAUUCACUGUCAUGGAAUCCUCAGUUCUUCUAAUUAUGUCCUUGGAUCGCUUUCUUGCCAUUCAUAAUCCCCUGAGAUAUAAUUCUAUCCUCACUAGCAACAGGGUUGCUAAAAUGGGACUGAUCUUGGCUUUCAGGAGCAUUCUUUUAGUGCUCCCAUUCCCCUUCACUUUAAGGGGACUAAAAUACUGUCAGAAGAAUCUCCUUUCUCACUCAUACUGUCUUCAUCAGGAUACCAUGAAGCUGGCCUGCUCUGACAACAAGAUCGAUGUCGUCUAUGGCUUCUUUGUUGCUCUCUGUACUAUGCUGGACUUGGCACUGAUUUUUCUGUCAUAUGUACUGAUCUUGAGGACUGUACUCAGCAUUGGAUCUUUGGAAGAGCGGCUCAAAGCUCUCAACACCUGUGUCUCCCACAUCUGUGCUGUGCUCAUCUUCUAUGUGCCCAUCAUCACCCUGUCUGCCAUGCAUCGCUUUGCCAAACACAAAAGCCCCCUUAUUAUGAUCCUUAUUGCAGAUGUGUUCUUGUUAGUGCCACCCCUGAUGAACCCCAUUGUGUACUGUGUGAAGACCCAGCAGAUCCGGGAGAAGGUCUUAGCGAAGUGGCUUAACAUAUGUGGGAGUUAAGAACUUGAAUGUUGAGGUGAUAAAUUAUCAAUCAGUAAGUAUUUACUAGCAUUCAUUAUGUGUCUAAUGUCACAGAGGUCACUAUGUAAUGAAGGACUGGGGUCGGGGGGCAGGGAGAGUGAAAAGCCGUGCAGCAUCAAAUUUAUAACAAAGUUGGGGGUAAAAUACUCAACAGAAAAGAAGAAAUAAUCAGGAGAUAUAUGAUAUGUUUCAUGAACAUUUAAUAAACAUUUUAAGGUGAGUUGAGAUAAAACAGCAUGUAAAGCAGCAGUUGAGUUUUUAAUCUUUAGUAGGUAAAAUUGGACAAUUGAGAUUAUGAUUCAAUUAGAAUUUAUUAAAAAUUAUAUAUACAAUAUAUAAUUACUAUACUAUCAAGGAAAAGUAAACUAGCAGAUAGGAUGAGCCAGGGGUACAUGAGCGCAUAGUAGCUACUGGGGAUGUUAUUGUGGUAGGAAUGGAGAGUGUAAUUUGGCAAAUAUUGAGUGAUCAUUUUGGGUAGUAUGAGGAGUAGAUUUUGGAGUACCUUGAAAAACUUUCAGAAGUCUAAAUUUAGUGGGUACUGGGAAGCCAAUUUAUUCUCUGCAACAAGUACCUAACAUAAUAAAUCUGAUUUUAAGAACAGCAUGCCAAAAUGCAUGAAGAAGAUGGAUUGAAUGUGAAAGGGAUGAAGAAAGGAGGCCAAAUAAAGACUCUUGCAAUAAUUGUGCUGUAAUAUAAUGACUCUGGGAGUAGGCAAAGAGAAAGAUCUAAAGCAUUUGUAUUUUUUUUGAGGGGGGGAGGUGUUGUUAUAAAACAAAUAUGUAAUUUCUAGAAAAUUCACAAAUCCCACUAAGCAACUAAGAAAUAAUUUUAAACUACAUAAGGUUUUACAGUUUAUUUAGUCUUUUCUCUGUGCCUUUUAUUAAUUUUUUUUAUUUUUCUAUUAUUUUAUUAAAAAUUGAAUUUCUACAGUGUAUGAAAUUUUGUACCUUGAUACUUUGCACUAAAAUUUAUAUUCUAAGGUUUUUCUAUUGUAUAGAAAAACUAUUUUAAGGUAAAGUCAAAAGAUUAAUACACAAUUGUAAAUUCAAUAUGGAGGAGGGCAAGGGGUUUAGAUUUACGUGAACAUCUCUCUAGGGUAUUGAGGUAUUGUUAUAAACAAACAGACAAAAAAAAACUGGCUUAAAUGAUGAGUUCAAAUUUCAUCUUGAAGAUUUGGCACAUUCAAAGACAGAUAACUGGCAGAGAGUUUGACACAGGGGAUUGGUAUGCUGCCCAUCUGUCAAGACUAGAAAGUAGCAUUGACCUCAUCAACAAGGCAAUAAUACUUGGCAGUAUAUAUGGAGGUAAAUACAUAUUUGGUGCUCAAGCACUGAAGGUCCUCCCUUAUUAAGGUAUCUCUAUUAUGCUUUUUCAUUCAUUCAUUCUCAAUGCUGUGUCCUGGUUUGAUUUAAAACUUCCCUUUCUAUUCUAUCAUCCUGUCAUCUGAUCAUCCUAUCAUCUGAUUAGCUGUUGGAAAUUUAUUUAUGAAAUGUAAAUUUAACCCCACUAUUACCCAGUUAAAGCCCUUCAAUGGUUGUCCAAUAAUUUGUAAGGCUCUAUACAUGCAAACAAUGCUUUCCAGCAAUCAUUUCUUGAUUUUC